GAAGAAAACUUAGGAGCAAUGUGAUUCAUGCAGCAGCUCACGAGAUACUGAACAACGUAGCAGCAGACUUGUCUAGUUAUUUAGUGUUUUCUCAAGGUGAGUCAGGUGGAGAGUUGUGUGUGGCUUCACGGUCCAUCAAAUUGCACGAGGGGCACGAAAGAUUAAUUCGUGUAGGAAAAGUGAAAGUCUCUAAAAGAAAUCCGUUAAACAAUCGAACUCUUUCUUUUGAAAUGGAAUGUUUAUCUUUGAUCCCAGCAGAGGGCGAAUUGGGAUAUCCACUCUCUCGCUCUUGCACACAUAGGGGCGUUUAUUUUCUUCGCACUCUAACAUUUGUGGUUAGGAUUUAUUGUUUUGGGCCAAAAAAAUUGCACAGGAUUUGUUUGAUUUUAUUUUUGCGCAAAUUCCGGCAAAAAUGUCCAAUCUGCAGAAAUCAAUCAUGAAGUCACGUCUUCCGCCAAUACCAUCGGCCUCAAAGAUAUCCAAAUUGGAUGGAAGUUCCAGGCGGGGAUUUCAGAAGGAUUACAGCCCUAAGCAGUGGAAUGAGUACUUCAAGGAGCGACAAAUAGUUCCGGUAGAGGACAACAAGUUCUGUGUGUACAAAUCAGCUGAGCCGCAAGAGAAAGGUCCCCUGAUUAUUCUUCUCCACGGCGGAGGAUUUUCAGCUCUCACCUGGGCACUCUUCUCCCAGGAAAUCACAUCCAUGAUCUUCUGUCAGUGUCUUGCAGUAGAUCUCCGUGGGCAUGGAGAUACCGAGACAACAGAUGAUUGGGAUCUAUCAGCAACAACACUCGCAACAGAUGUUGCCAAAGUAAUAUCAGCCCUGUAUCCCGAAGGGAAUCCCCAAAUUAUCCUGGUAGGACACUCAAUGGGGGGUGCCAUAGCCACGCAUCUUGUGCACCUGAAUCUCGUGUCAAAUCUCAUUGGACUUACUGUUAUUGAUGUGGUGGAGGGAACAGCAAUGGAUGCACUUGCAAGUAUGCAGAGCUUCUUGAGGUCACGACCCAGUCAUUUUAAGAGCAUCCCACAGGCUAUUGAAUGGAGCGUCCGAAGUGGUCAGAUAAGGAAUCUGGAAUCUGCCAAAGUUUCCAUGCCGGGGCAGAUUAUCGAUACAGAAACGAAGAAACUCUCAACAAAUGAACUGCCUUUGCCUGAGACAAGUGAACCAGCACCUGCGGUGAGUACUUUUGCAAAUCCUCUCUCAAUCCCCGAAGAUGCUGAAGCAGAUACCCCAGAGAGUAGUGCUUCCGUCUUCAAGGCACCCGAAGUGGCAAAUGCCAAGAAGUACACCUGGAGAAUAGACUUGUCAAAGUCAGAGAAAUUCUGGGCUGGAUGGUUUGAAGGGCUUAGCCAGAAAUUCCUUGAUUUGCCCGUGGCUAAGCUCCUCCUUCUAGCCAGUAUUGAUGGACUAGACAGGACACUCACAGUGGGUCAGAUGCAGGGCAAAUUUCAAAUGCAAGUGCUGGCACGGUGUGGUCAUGCCGUUCACGAGGAUCGUCCCUGUGAAGUGGCCGAAGUGAUUGCUUCCUAUAUGAUUCGCAAUGAAUUCGCCACGGCCUGUGGGGAAUUUGUACGCCAUAUGCCGGCCUGCUAAACAGAUCACACUUUGUAAGAGAAUAGGUCUGUGUGUGUAAGUUAUUUCGGAUUAAAAUUUAUUUAACCACA